AAUACACACUCAGCAGAACAGAAGAGAGAAUUUACUCCAUAUUCCAGCAUUGACAGGACAAAGGGAAAAAUAGAGAAAACAUGACGUCAUUUGUACCGCAAUCCCUUUCAUCCCAGUUCCACAACAUGGGGCAGGAAUCCCAGGAGUUCAGCCUGUACAGCGACAAUUUCUACAGCACUCAACCUCUGCCUAGUCCACAGCAAACCUUGCCAUCUGCUUAUGACUUUGGAGACUUUGCAAGCCCAGCUACAAACCCUUACCUGUGGUUCAAUGGUCCUGGUCUCAGUUCAGCUCCCUGCCUCAGUGGAGGGCCUCAGCACCAUGGUAUGACGAAGCCUUACAUGGCCACAGGAGGAAUUGGAGGCUCCGAGGGUGGCUUCAGCUGGUUUUCUCUGCCUUCCCAAGAAGACCUAAUGAAACUAGUCAGGCCUCCCUACUCAUACUCAGCACUUAUUGCGAUGGCAAUACAUGGAGCCCCAAACCAUCGUCUUACACUCAGCCAGAUCUACCUGUAUGUGGCGGAAAACUUCCCCUUCUACAACAAGAGCAAGGCCAGCUGGCAGAACUCUAUCAGGCACAAUCUCUCACUUAACGACUGCUUCAUGAAGGUGCCCAGAGAUGACAGUGAUCCAGGCAAAGGUAACUAUUGGACCCUCGACCCAAACUGUGAGAAGAUGUUCGAUAAUGGCAACUUCCGUCGCAAGAGGAAGAGAAAGUCAGACUCUCUGGCUGAGGAGGAAGGGAAAAUCUAUUGUGGAUCAGACUCGGCUCUCUCAAGUCCUAAAGAGCCCAGCAACACCAGUGACACACCAGAGAGAGGAAACUCUCCAGUCUCCACAGACCCAACUCCUUGUCUCAAUGGCUUCUUAACUCAAAUGGGUGAUGUGGUAUCAGGCUCCAGCAACAUUGGCAGGGAUUCUGUUCUCCCGUUGCCUCUUGCUUUGUCUUUGGAUGGAAGCCAAAGAGCUUCUUCGAUUGAGCUGUACGGCCCAUACUCACCAAGCGCUACCGUGCCACAAUGGGAAGUGCACGUUCCUCCCGCUGUUCCAUCCAACAUCUCUUCUUCACCCACUCAGUACACACACAGCUACAGUGACUCAAUGCUCAACCAGUUUAGCAGCCAGCUCUAUCCAGUGCUGGGCUCAACUGACUUGCUGUAUUCACGGGAGGGAACAGAGGUGUAACACAAGAAAAGUCUGAUAGACACAAGGCAUAAAAUGUGGUUGCAGGCACUUGCGAGAGCAGUUAACCUGCUAUGUGAGCAAAAUUCCCACAGCAGUAUCAGUGUCAGCAGGUCAGAUUGGACAUGAAGCGGAUUCACUGUAUUGUACAGUUGUGUGAACGCUUACACGCACUGUUAUCAGACUCGCUUGCAUCAUCUGAAAUGUUGUUGCAUCUGAAAGAUAAUAGUAAUCACCCAACCCUCCAGAAUCCCUUCCAGUCAUGUUUGUGUGUGUGUGUGUGUGUGUGUGUGUGUGUGUGUGUGUGUGUGUGUGUGUGUGUGUGUGUAUUUUUGCAAAACAUUUCCAUUAGUUAAAUUGAAGUCUGUUGUAAUGUAACAUACAGAAAAUGCACUGACUUAUGCAACUGUAGUAUAUAUUAAUCUUUUUGUCCAUUGUUUCAUAUUUUGUAUUUAUGUUCUCUUUAUAUAUUUUGUGAUUGUAAUAUAUAUUUUAUUUGCAUUAAUAAACCACCUUUGCAAUUAUAAUUACAUUAUUGAUUUUAUUAUUCAAAUUAUGUAUUUAUGGUUAAGUAACAGUACUUUUUUGAUUACGUAAUGUGUAAAAGAUAAUGUACAGUCAACCAGUCGUUGUUGCAUAAUAAGCGCUGGCAUGUGAUUAGGAGGGGUUUAUUUUGCAAUAAUGACUGGGAGAAUGUAGAUUAUGUCAUUAUUAUACGGCUACCUACCGAAUAAAUAAAUAAAUGGACAUGAAAUAUUGAUUUACAAUAUUAAAAUAUUGAAGUGUGCAGAAUCUGCAAAAAUAGCUGAAUUCCACCUCCAGUUUGUUUCAGAGUUCUGAUUAUGUUUUUAUUGUGAACAUUACAGGCUGACUGUAUUAUCCCACUUAUUACAUGGUUACCUACCAAAUAAAUGUAAAAACACAUAAAAUAUUGAUUUGCAUUGAAAUUAUGUUUUAUGUGAGAAGA